AUGAUCCCCGCUGUGUCGCUCAGCAACGGAGCAAGCAUGCCCAUCGUGGGCCUGGGAACGUGGAGGGCUGAAAAAGGACAGGUGAACGAGGCCGUUAAGGCUGCCAUCAGCUCUGGAUACCGGCACAUCGACGGCGCUUAUGUGUACCAGAAUGAAGACGAAAUUGGGUGCGCAAUUCAAACUAUGAUUGGCCAAGGAGUGGUGAAGAGGGAGGAUUUAUUCAUCGUCAGUAAGUUGUGGUGCACCUUCCAUGUUCCAUCCUUGGUGAGAGGAAUAUGUGAGAAGACCCUUCGGGACCUUAAACUGGACUAUUUGGACCUGUACCUCAUGCAUUUCCCAAUAGGAAUGAAGCCAGGGGAUGAGAUUUUCCCAUUAGAUGAGCAAAAGUUUGUCAUUCCUGAUGACAGCAACUUUUUGGACACUUGGGAGGCUAUGGAGAAGCUGGUGGACGAUGGGCUGGUCAAAGCGAUUGGCGUCUCAAACUUCAACAAAGACCAGAUUGAAGCCAUACUCAACAAGCCCGGCCUCAAGCACAAGCCCGUCAACAACCAGAUUGAGUGCCACCCGUUGCUGACCCAGGAGAAGAUGAUCAAUUACUGCCACUCAAAGGGAAUCUCAGUGACGGCCUUCAGCCCUCUGGGCUCCCCAGACAGACCAUGGGCUUCUCCUGAUGACCCAUCUCUGCUCAGUGACCCAACGAUCAAGGCCAUAGCUGCGAAGUACAACAAAUCCCCAGCACAGGUUCUCAUCAGGUUCCACACCCAGAGGAAUGUGGUCGUCAUUCCCAAGUCGUCCUCGUCUCAUCGUAUCAGGGAAAAUUUCCAGUUGUUUGAUUUUGAAUUAAGUCAGGAGGACAUGAAGACCCUGCUGAACAUGAAUAAGAACUGGAGAGGAUUCCCAGCGCCGUGGGCCUCGAAGCACAAAGACUACCCCUUUCACACCGAAUACUAA